AUGUCAGACAUACCAUCUGACGUGAGUUCGGCGGGAUCUAUUCCCGCCAAACGUCCUCGUCCUCCUCGCAUUCCAGUGAGUGACAGUGACAAUGUUCUCACCGAGAAGCCCAUGCACCACAAUGGCCAUCUGUUCCGCGAGAAAAAAUUUUCAAGGAUGGAUGAGGAUGAAGAAGAGGAAGAUUUGGACGCCCUGAUUGAAGAAUUGGAAUCUCUUGAUCCCGAUGCCGAAAUUGAAGCAGAGAUCGAGACAGUGGGAGGCGCCCGAAACGUACCCGAAGAGAUGCUUCAGACCGAUACGCGUGUGGGCCUGAUCGAACCAGAGGUCGUCGCCAGACGGAAAAAGUAUGGUCUCAAUCAGAUGAAGGAAGAGAAGGAGAAUUUACUGUUGAAGUUUCUGGGCUAUUUUGUCGGUCCUAUUCAAUUUGUCAUGGAGGCGGCCGCCAUUCUUGCCGCCGGCCUGGAAGAUUGGGUGGAUUUCGGUGUCAUUUGCGCCUUGCUCCUCCUCAACGCGACUGUCGGGUUCGUUCAAGAGUUUCAAGCCGGCUCCAUUGUCGAGGAGUUAAAAAAGACCUUGGCUCUCAAGGCUGUGGUGCUGAGAGAAGGCCGUCUAAUCGAAAUUGAGGCACCAAUGGUGGUUCCUGGAGAUAUCUUGCAGCUCGAGGAAGGCACCAUCAUCCCUGCCGAUGGCCGUAUUGUGACGGAGGAUGCCUAUCUCCAAGUCGAUCAGUCCUCCAUUACCGGCGAGUCGCUGGCUGUUGACAAGGGCCUGGGCGACACCUGUUAUGCUUCAUCGGCGGUCAAGCGCGGAACCUCAUUUAUGAUCGUCACCGCGACCGGAGACAAUUCGUUCGUGGGUCGGGCGGCGGCAUUGGUCAAUGCCGCCUCUGGCGGCACCGGCCAUUUUACUGAGGUCCUUAACGGCAUCGGCACCGUUCUGUUGGCGCUCGUGGUGUUCACUCUCCUGGUCGUCUGGAUCUCGUCAUUUUACCGGUCCAACGAUAUUGUCACCAUCCUCCGAUUUACGUUGGCGAUCACCAUCAUCGGAGUGCCGGUCGGUCUGCCUGCUGUCGUCACCACCACGAUGGCUGUGGGUGCCGCGUACCUGGCAAAGAAAAAGGCCAUCGUCCAGAAACUUUCCGCGAUAGAGUCCCUUGCUGGCGUGGAAAUCCUGUGCUCCGACAAAACCGGGACCUUGACCAAGAAUAAACUAUCCCUCCAUGAGCCAUACACUGUUCAAGGCGUGGAACCGGAGGAUCUCAUCCUGACGGCUUGCCUCGCGGCGUCCCGGAAGAAAAAAGGCAUGGAUGCCAUUGAUAAGGCAUUCCUCAAGGCACUUCGUUACUAUCCUCGAGCGAAACAGGCCUUGUCCAAAUACAAAGUGGUUCAAUUUCACCCCUUCGACCCAGUCUCCAAAAAGGUCAGUGCUGUGGUGGAAUCACCGCAGGGUGAACGCAUCAUCUGCGUCAAAGGGGCUCCAUUGCCGGUCCUUCGAACCGUGGAAGAAGACCAUCCCGUUCCCGAGGAGAUUGAUGUCGCAUACAAGAACAAGGUUGCCGAGUUCGCAACUCGGGGCUUUCGAUCCCUCGGUGUCGCUCGAAAACGAGGCGACAGCUCGUGGGAGAUACUGGGAAUCACGCCGUGUGCCGAUCCACCUCGUCACGAUACAGCAAAGACCAUCAAUGAAGCCAAGUCAUUGGGUCUGUCCAUCAAGAUGCUGACGGGAGAUGCCGUGGGGAUUGCGCGCGAGAUUUCAAGACAAUUAGGACUGGGAACCAAUGUGUUCAAUGCCGAACGCCUCGGACUCGCUGGUGGCGGUACGAUGCCUGGAUCCGAAGUCUAUGAUUUCGUCGAAGCCGCGGAUGGAUUUGCGGAAGUCCUCCCCCAGCACAAAUAUAAUGUGGUGGAGAUUCUACAGCAGCGUGGUUACCUAGUGGCCAUGACCGGUGACGGUGUCAAUGAUGCUCCUUCGUUGAAAAAGGCCGACACCGGUAUUGCCGUCGAGGGCGCUUCCGAUGCAGCUCGUUCAGCGGCCGACAUCGUUUUCCUGGCCCCGGGCCUUUCCGCCAUCAUCGACGCCCUCAAAACUUCUCGACAAAUUUUCCACCGAAUGUACGCUUACGUCGUUUAUCGCAUUGCUCUCUCACUGCACCUGGAAAUCUUCCUGGGCCUGUGGAUUGCCAUCCUCAACCAGUCUCUCAAUUUGAAACUGGUGGUCUUCAUCGCGAUCUUUGCCGACAUUGCAACGUUGGCAAUUGCCUACGACAACGCCCCGUACUCCAAAACUCCAGUCAAAUGGAAUCUCCCUAAACUAUGGGGAAUAUCCAUUCUGCUCGGGCUGAUCCUCGCUGCUGGCACCUGGAUCGCGCUGACCACGAUGAUAGUGGGAGGAGAAGAUGGAGGCAUCGUACAAAAUUUCGGCCAUACUGAUGCUGUUCUUUUCCUGCAGAUCUCCCUUUCCGAAAAUUGGCUGAUCUUCAUUACUCGGGCCAAUGGACCUUUUUGGUCCAGUAUCCCGUCAUGGCAACUCACCGGAGCAAUCUUACUGGUCGAUAUUGUCGCCACAUUCUUUUGUCUCUUCGGUUGGUUCGUUGGUGGAGAACAGACCAGUAUCGUUGCCGUGGUCCGAAUUUGGUUGUAUUCGUUUGGAGUCUUUUGUGUCAUGGCUGGAGUCUAUUACCUUUUACAAGACAGUGUUACGUUUGACGACAUUGUCCAUGGAAGAAAAUCAAGGGGCAACAAAGUGCUGAAGAAGAGAGACAUGGAGGAUUUCCGUGAGUCAACCCAUCGACGUUUGACCCGCCGGACGCUACUGACCAAAAAUCCUAGUUGUAUCAUUGAACCGCGUAUCCACCCAGCACGAGAAGGUCGCAUGAUGGCAAUCAAUUUGCUGCGGGUUGUUUCCACGCCGCCAAUGGCCAAAAAGGACGCCUUCGAGUUGACCCUUUCCGCAAAUCCAUGCGGACUUGCUCCAUAA